AUGGCUCCGCCUCGUCAUCGAGCCCGUACCCCGGAGACGCCGACCAACGAGCAGCUGGCUCAGAACCUGCAGCGUCUGACCCAAACGAUGCAGACGUUGAGCGACGCCCUCUUGCACAACAACAACCCUCCUCCGCCGCCGCCUGCUGGGAAUCGAGACGUGGGCCGCUUAGUUUUGGGGCAUAGGCUGCCCGUCUUUGCUGGAGAGGAAGACCCUGUGCUGCUUGAAGAUUGGAUCAAGACCCUGGACAAGAUCUUUGUUGUGGUGGGUUGUCCGGAUGAUCGCCGCGUCGAGUUUGCUUCGUUUUACUUUAGCCACGAGGCCGACCUCUGGUGGGUGCACGAAGGCCCAGCAUGCCAAGAAGAGCCUGGAUUCGAUUGGUCAGCUCUAAAGGAUAAGUUAAGAGAGAGGUUCUACCCAUCACACGUUAGAGCGGCCAUGUACGAAGAGUUCUUGCAUCUUCAACAAGGGUCGUCGUCUGUGGUGGAAUACCACAAGCGCUUCCUCGAGCUAGCCUAUUUUUCUCAGAUGUUGGUUCCUACCGAGUUAGCUAAGGUGGAGAAGUUUGUGGUGGUACUCAACUACGAAGCCCGGAAAGCUUUGACUGUGAGCAAGCCAAGGACGUUGAAUGAGGCCUACCUGAGCGCAUCUGAUCUGUAUCGUGUGCAACAGCUUCAACGGGGGUCCUUUGAGUUCGCCAAGAAGAGAAGUGAAGGAAGUGGAUCUCACAGUUUCAAGAGGCCAAGGAAGGAUUUCAGAGCCAGACCCGCACCCCCUCCGUCUCAAGGAUCGAAUCGGGUCGAGAGUGGAGGAAAAGAGAGGUCUUUCGGAUGCAAGAGGUGUGGGAAGGACCACGUUGGGUAG